CCCAGCCCCACCACACACCACACCAUACCCAGCCGCACCACACACCACACCCAGUCACACCACACACCAUACCCAGCCACACCAUACACCAUACCCAACCACACCACACCACACCCAGCCACACCACAUUACUCUCCCUUUUCCUUCCUUGGGAUUUCCUUCCCUUUCCUUCCCUUCCUGUUCUUGGGCUAGCCUUCCCUUCCUCUUCCUCCCCUUCCUCUCCCUCCCAUCCCCUUCCCUACCUUGGUCACUAUAACUACUGUGGGCAGACACACUUCAGAAGUGGAUCUUCAUGUGCCUGGCAAUGUCACCCCUUGUCUUAAAGAGCUUUCCACAAACAUCACACUUGAACUCUCUAAGGCCAUAGUGCCUGAAGACAUGUCGAUUGAGUGCCUGCUUCACACUGAACCUCUUCCCGCACUCUUCACACUCAUGACUUUUUACACCAGUGUGUGUAAGGGUGUGUGUAUCAAGGGUACUCUUCCGGAUGAAUUUUUUCCCACAUUCCUUACAUUCAUAGUUCUUCACACCAGUGUGUGUAAGGGUGUGUCUAUCAAGGGUACUCUUCUGGAUGAAUUUUUUCCCACAUUCCUUACAUUCAUAGUUCUUCACACCAGUGUGUGUAAGGGUGUGUCUAUCAAGGUGACUCUUCAGGAUGAAUUUUUUCCCACAUUCCUUACAUUCAUAGUUCUUCACACCAGUGUGUGUAAGGGUGUGUCUAUCAAGGUUACCCUUCAGGGUGAAUUUUUUUCCACAUUCCUUACAUUCAUAGUUCUUCACACCAGUGUGUGUAAGGGUGUGUGUAUCAAGGCUACCCUUCCGGUUGAAUUUUUUUCCACAUUCCUUACAUUCAUAGUUCUUCACACCAGUGUGUGUAAGGGUGUGUCUAUCAAGGGUACUCUUCUGGAUGAAUUUUUUCCCACAUUCCUUACAUUCAUAGUUCUUCACACCAGUGUGUGUAAGGGUGUGUCUAUCAAGGGUACUCUUCUGGAUGAAUUUUUUCCCACAUUCCUUACAUUCAUAGUUCUUCACACCAGUGUGUGUAAGGGUGUGUGUAUCAAGGUGACUCUUCCGGAUGAAUUUUUUCCCACAUUCCUUACAUUCAUAGUUCUUCACACCAGUGUGUGUAAGGGUGUGUGUAUCAAGGUAACCCUUCCGGUUGAAUUUUUUUCCACAUUCCUUACAUUCAUAGUUCUUCACACCAGUGUGUGUAAGGGUGUGUCUAUCAAGGUGACUCUUCUGGAUGAAUUGUUUCCCACAUUCCUUACAUUCAUAGUUCUUCACACCAGUGUGUGUAAGGGUGUGUCUAUCAAGGUGACUCUUCCGGAUGAAUUUUUUCCCACAUUCCUUACAUUCAUAGUUCUUCACACCAGUGUGUGUAAGGGUGUGAUAUCUGAGGCCUUGCCUUGUGGUUAA